UGGACCCUGGUCCCCUGGACCGACUCACAAGCUCGGCACUUGCCUGCGGGCAGCAGAGUCUGAGCAGCAUUCCUCGCACUUCUCCAUCAGGGUGAAAAGCGAACACUCUGAGAAAAGCUGGCCGAUUGCCCUGCGUGUUUGGCAAGCCACCAGUGCCAAGAUGGUGCUGUGGUUUGCCUGUUUGCUGUAAGUACUGCGAGUAGCUGAGCUGCGCUCUACAGGGCGUCUGAGGGGGAGUACCCUCGUCGGUGGGCCAGCGUUUCUCUGGAUGAGGUCCAACAAGUGGGGCAGCUGAGGCGGCCAAACUCCUGCCCAAUCGUUUGUAGAUUGACGUGCACCUUUGGUUUUCUCAAACUAUUGAGUAAUUAUGGCCCCUUCUUCCGCCUCCCCUGUCUCCCCCCGUGCGUUCCAAAGAUCUCUGAAAAGUCUCGGCGAUGCAGUUGGGUUCAAAAAGCGCUCGACCGCCGUCCUCCCAGCCCGUAGCUCCGAGGAUGGACUUUUCACGGAAGACGCCCCGCUCCUCGAGGACCGAACGACCGACGUCGAGCUGGGGGACCUUGCCCAAGGUUCCGCUCACUUUGCUGAUGUCAGCACUGCUGCGAGAGACGCCCCCGAGGCGACAGCUCACAUCAGAGUGACGGGGAUGACGUGCUCGGCAUGCUCGGCGUCGGUGGAGAAGGCGGUGGGGCAACUAGACGGGGUACGGUCCGUGUCCGUGGCGCUGCUGCAAAACAUGGCGGAGGUGGUGUAUGACCCGGGGCGGCUGCCGCACGCCGACAUCGUCGAAGCCAUCGAAGACGCGGGCUUCGACGCGGAGUUGCUCAAAGUCGACUCGCACGGGGGAACGGCAGAGACGAGCCAAACCGUCAUUUCGCAUAUUGUGAAGGCCCGUUUCAAGAUCGGGGGAAUGACGUGUUCCGCGUGUGUCAACUCCGUCGAAGGAGCGCUGCGGGCGUUUAAUGGAGUGAAAAGCGCACAGGUGGCGCUUGCGACGGAGGAGGCGCAAGUGGACUAUGAUACGAGGGUUAUAGGCCCCCAGGACAUCGUCAAUCGGAUAGACGACGCCGGCUUCGACGCGGAGCUCGUUGAGACUGGGGAGAGUGAUGGGGUUACUCUGUUGGUCGAGGGCCUUCUGUCCGAAACCGACGUGCAGUCCGUUCUGGACGCCCUUCGAAGCCUCAAGGGCGUCCGAGAUGCGGAGCCCGAUACGGCCGAAACUUUCUCCGCGCUCGAGAAGAAACGGGUCAGGGUUUCGUUCGACCCGGAAGUAACCGGGUUAAGAAACAUGGUCAGGGCGGUUGAGGCGGCCGGAGACGGGGUUUCGAGGUUUAGGGCGUCGUUACCAAACCCGCUCGCGGCGCACGGGAUGGAUCGGUCAAAAGAAAUCAAACGCCACCGACGAGACUUCUUUUUCGCGUUAGCGUUAACCGCCCCCAGCAUGCUCCUCCCAAUGCUCGCCAUGCACUCGACCUCCCUUAGCCAGAUCCUCUUAAGCGAUUUCUUAGCAAUCCGGUUAGUGGACUGGUUCAAGUGGGCGUGCGUGACCCCGGUUCUGUUCUGGGUCGGGUGGCGGUUCCACGUGGGUGCGUAUCGGAGCCUAAAAAACGGCACCGCGAACAUGGACGUACUCGUGGUUCUGGCGGGGCAGACGGCGUAUUGGUACUCGGUCGGGAGCGUGCUUUACGGGGCGUGGAACCCGGGCUUCCGCGUCGGCAUGUUCUACGACACGCCCGCGAUGCUCGUCACGUUCAUCCUCCUGGGAAAGUACAUGGAGAUCCUGGCCAAAGGCCGCACGAGCGAGGCCAUCAGUCGGCUGCUGCAGCUUGCGCCAGACACGGCGGUGCUUCUGACGGUGGACUCGGACGGCAAGCCGCUGACCGAGGAGGAAAUUGACUCCGCGCUCGUGCAAAGGGGAGACAUUCUCAAAGUGGUGCCGGGAGCCAAGGUUCCGGCGGACGGCCAGGUGGUGUGGGGGUCGAGCCACAUCAACGAGGCGAUGGUGACGGGCGAGAGCCGCCCCGUGCUCAAAGAACCGGGCCACGUGGCGAUGGCAGGGACCAUGAAUCUGAGCGGAGCGCUGCACGUGAGGGCGACUCACGUGGGGUCCGACACUGCCCUCGCACAGAUUGUGCGCCUGGUGGAGGAGGCCCAGAUGUCCAAGGCCCCCAUCCAAAAGUUCGCCGACGUCGUCUCCUCCAUCUUCGUCCCGAUGGUCGUCGCCGCCUCCGCGAUCGUGUGGCUGGGAUGGUACCUCGCCGGGAUCGGCGGCGCAUAUCCCGCCACGUGGCUUCCCGAGGGCACGUCACCGUUCCUUUUUGCGCUGCUGUUUGGGAUCGCGGUGCUCGUGAUCGCGUGCCCGUGCGCGCUGGGAUUGGCUACGCCGACUGCGGUAAUGGUUGCGACGGGCGUCGGGGCGCAGCACGGGAUUCUGAUCAAGGGGGGGGACGCCCUUGAGAGCGCGCACAAGGUCGGCGUCGUGGUUUUCGACAAGACCGGCACCCUAACCCAGGGCAAACCCACCAUAACCUCCUUCCAGCACUACGGCCGCCGGCCGCCGCACGAAGUCCUCUCCCUCAUGGCCGCCGCAGAGGAAAACAGCGAACACCCGCUAGCCGGCGCGCUUCUUUCGUACGCCCGAAAAGCGACUCAGGAGGGUCCGAAAAGUGCGGCGUCCGAACACGGGGUUAAGGAUACGGCGUGGGUUAAGGAGGCCGAGGGGUUCGAGGCGGUCCCGGGACGGGGUGUUCGGUGCCGGGUCGGGGGUUUGGAGGUUUUGGUGGGGAGUCGGCGGUUGGUCGAGGAGCAGGGGGUGGAGAUAGGCGAGCAGGCGGGACGGCACAUACAGCAGGAAGAGGCGCGCGCGCGCACAGUCGUGCUGGCCUCAAUCGACGGACAGCUCGCGGGCGUCCUCGCGAUUUCGGACCCGCUCAAGACGGAGGCCGUUCUGGCGGUGGAGGGCCUCCGGCGAAUGGGCAUUCGCUCCGUCAUGCUGACGGGCGACAACUGGAGCACAGCGCGGGCAAUCGCGGAGGAGGUGGGCAUCGAGGAUGUGCUCGCGGAGGUGCUCCCCGGCGGCAAGGCCGAGCGCGUGCGGCAGCUCCAGGCCGACGGGACGGUUGUCGCGAUGGUCGGCGACGGUGUCAACGACUCCCCCGCGCUGGCAGCGGCCGACGUGGGCAUCGCGAUCGGGGCCGGGACCGACAUCGCGAUCGAGUCCGCUGACGUCGUGCUGAUGCGCAACGACCUCGAGGACGUCAUCACCGCGAUCGACCUCUCGCGCAAAACGUUCGACCGGAUCCGGCUGAAUUACCUGUGGGCGAUGGCGUACAACGUCGCGGGGAUCCCCCUCGCGGCCGGGUUACUGUUCCCGGUGUUUCAUCUGCGGCUGCCGCCGUGGCUGGCCGGCGCGUGUAUGGCGUUCUCGAGUGUGAGCGUCGUGGGGUCGAGCCUGAUGCUGCGGCGGUAUAAGAAGCCGGGCGGCGGGAGUAGUCUGUUGGAGCUCAAGGUCAUGCGGUAACACCUGCUAUUGUGCAGCUAGCUUGCUUUUGAAAGUACGCUUUUUAGGAUGUAAAGCAGACGCAUAGGCUUGUGUUAAUGUAGCUUAUGCUCGAUUAAACGAGUCCUGUCUCGGGUCAAGUCAUAGAAAUAGAUGAGCCAUGUCGUGCGUACUUGAACUGCACUUUUUGUCCAACUAUUCGAAAAGCCCAAAUAUAGAAACCCUCAUCGGACGGCCAAGGUUCGAGGACCAUUCGUCUCUAAAUCAUGCUAGUCUUGAUAUCGAAACUGACAU